GGAGCCUGGCGGGAGGCGUACAGCCAUGGGCAGUGUUGGGGCUCUUAGGCUGGACUGAGUUCGAAUUCUGCCUUUACGGGUCUCUCUGGGCCCGACCCCCUCCCGCUUGUGCCUCCAGGAGCCCAAAGCCCGGAGCCCCGCCCCUUCCCCACGCCCGGGACGCUGCAGCUGGGCGGGGCUGGCUGGGGCCGAAAAGGAGCCUGGAGUGCCCGGGAUGGCCCUGCAGAUGGACAGACUCCCAGCCCAGGAGGUGGUGAAGUUCCAGGAUGUGGCUGUGGACUUCACGCAGGAGGAGUGGCACCUCUUGUCCCCUCCCCAGAAGGAGCUGUACAAGGAGGUGAUGCUGGAGAAUGCGCGGAACCUGCUCUCUGUGGGAGAGAUCAGACCUGAAAUGAAGGUCAAUCCAACAGAAGUUAGCCUUUCUUUGGAAGAAAUGGACUUACAAAGAUUCAUGAGUGAUGGUCUUGAUAACUUUGCUUCUGUGAAGUUCUGUUUUGCACCUCAAAAUUCAUCUGAUAAUGAACAUCAAAGAAUAUACACUGAAGAAAAAUCUAUUGAAAGUAAUCUGUGUGGGGAUACUUUUAUGCACAGGGCCAGUCUCUUUGGACAUCAGAGGAUGCACACUGGGGAGAAACCUUAUGAGUGCAAACAAUGUAGAAGGACAUUCACUUAUAGCUCUGCUCUUACUGUACAUCAGAGAAUACACACUGGGGAGAAACCUUAUGAAUGCAAGCAAUGUGGAAAGACAUUCACUCAAAGAUCUGGUCUUGCUUAUCAUCAGAUGGUGCACACUGGGGAGAAACCUUAUGAAUGCAAGCAAUGUGGAAAGACAUUUAGUCGUCACUCCAUUCUUACUGUACAUCAGAGGAUGCACAGUGUGGAGAAACCUUAUAAAUGCCAGCAAUGUGGAAAGACAUUCACUCAAUUUUAUGGUCUAGUUAAUCAUCAGAGGAGGCAUACUGGGGAGAAACCUUAUGAAUGCAAGCAAUGUGGAAAGACAUUCAGUCAUACCUCCUGUCUUUCUGUACAUCAGAGGCUGCACACUGGGGAGAAACCUCAUGAGUGCAAACAAUGUGGAAGGACAUUCACUUAUAGCUCUGCUCUUGCUGUACAUCAGAGAAUACACACUGGGGAGAAACCUUACGAAUGCAAGCAAUGUGGAAAGACAUUCACUCAGAGAUCGGGUCUUGCUUAUCAUCAGAUGGUGCACACUGGGGAGAAACCUUAUGAAUGCAAGCAAUGUGGAAAGACAUUUAGUCGGAGCUGUGAUCUUGCUUCUCAUCAGAGGGCGCACACUGGGGAAAAACCUUAUGAAUGCAAGCAGUGUGGAAAGACAUUCACUCAAUUGUCUGGUCUAGGUUAUCACCAGCGGAUGCACUCUGGGGAGAAACCUUAUGAGUGCAAGCAGUGUGGAAAGACAUUUAGUCACACCUCCAUUCUUUCUGUACAUCAGAGGAUGCACACUGGGGAGAAACCUUAUGAGUGCAAAGAAUGUGGAAGGACAUUCAGUCAUAGCUCUGGUCUUGCUGUACAUCAGAGAAUACACACUGGGGAGAAACCUUACGAAUGCAAGCAAUGUGGAAAGACAUUCACUCAGAGAUCUGGUCUUGCUCAUCAUCAUAGGGUGCACACUGGGGAGAAACCUUAUGAAUGCAAGCAAUGUGGAAAGACAUUUAGUCGGAGCUGUGAUCUUGCUUCUCAUCAGAGGGCGCACACUGGGGAGAAACCUUAUGAGUGCAAGCAAUGUGGAAAGACAUUCAGUUAUACCUCCAGUCUUUCUGUACAUCAGAGGAUGCACACUGGUGAGAAACCUUAUGAGUGCAAGCAGUGUGGAAAGACAUUCAGUUAUACCUCCAGUAUUUCUGUACAUCAGAGGAUGCACACUCGUGAGAAACCUUAUAAACCAAAGUAAUGUGGUAAGAGUUUCACUCAGAGAUCAGGUCUAGCUUAUCAUCAGAGGAUGCACACUGAGGAGAAUCCUUAUGAGUGCAGACAAUGUGGAAGGACAUUUAGUCAUAGCUCUGCUCUUGCUGUACAUCAGAGGAUACACACUGGGGAGAAACCUUAUGAAUGCUAGCAACGUGGAAAGACAUUUACUCAGAGCUCUGGUCUUGCUUAUCAUCAGAGGGUGCAUACUGAGGAGCAAUCUUAUGAAUGCAAGCAAUGUGGAAAUACAUUUAGUCAGACCUAUUUCUAUUUUGUGAAACAAUUUGCGUGCCCCAUUUCUGGGGAAAUAUAUCUAAUGUGAGCCUAAACUUGAAUCAGGCAAGGAUUGUUUGAUGGAAAUCAGAGUUAGGAUGGAGUUGCAGCAAUAGAGCGAUCAUGAGAUAAUUGCGGAAUGAUGUCCCCUGCAUGGGUCCUCCUAGACACUCUGAUUGGGUGGCUGAGUCAAAAUAGAAAGCCAUGGUUGACUCUUGAGGUGAGAUUUGUGGGUUACUGCACAAAUUGUUUGAUGAAUUCAGGCAAGAGCAGAUAUUCAAGCUCUUUUAUUUCACUUUUGUUGCUCACUAAACUUUCCUUUGACCAUGGCUAGAGCACCUUAAUGGUGGCCAAGGAAUAACAAGCUAAAUGGAGUAAUGAGGAAAGUAUCUCUCUCGUAUUUUUCCAUUUCCUCUACUACCUUACAUUAAUUGAGUUUAGAGCCAGUCUCAUAAUCUUUCCUCUCAUACUAUACACCACGGAAACCAGGUAUUCAAUACAUUGAGCUCUCAACUUGCUCAGAAUCAGACAGUUUACUCUCUUUUGUCAUAAACACUCCUAAGAUUAAUGUAAAGAUUUAAAAAAUUAAAACAUAUAAAAAUAAAAUGAAUUAAGAAAACUGUAAAGUAUAUAAAAAUGUGUUAAAAAAUAAAUGUCUCAAUUGAAAAUUAGAUUUUAUGGUAGUUUAUUUACAAAAGGAGAGAGAAUAAAAGUAGAGAAAUGAGAAAGGGCAGAGUAAAAAAUCUAGUUUAACAAGCUAGAUUAUUUGCUGCAGCCCUGGUUUUACUCAUGUUGGGCUAAUUAGUCCUCAACUGGAGGGCCUUCAACCUUCAACCAAGGGCUGAUAUUGAACAAAACAAGGACUCUAUCAAUGAAGCCUUUUCCAAGAUGGAGGCCUCUCCAGAGGCUAGUCCCUCUGGAAAACCAGGAAAAGGAGUCAGCUUUUUCAAAUAUCUACUCUGUAUUUCCAAGGGAAUGUCCAACUGCUGCCUCAGCAAUGUCAGAAUCUCAGGUCUACAAGGCAAAUCCUUUCACCAGCCUCUAGCUUGAACUCCAAACUCCAAAGAACUACUCCUAGAAAGCUGCACCUGCUUUUAAAGACAUUUCUUUUGAAUUUCUUCCUGUGCAUUCCUUCCACUUUAUGUGGUGCAGUUGUAGCUUUAGCUUUGCUUAGGACUGCCCAGAUGACAGUCAGUCAUUUCUGAUUCAUCACCCACUUUAGCACAUGAGGGUCACAGAUUUCCCCCACAUUAACAUAAAAAAGGGUGUAUGCACUUCUGUAAUUAAAACUAAAAAUAAGCAGGUGAUAGCUAAUCCCAUUUUCACAAUUCUACCUGUGAACAUUUGGGAGACUAGUCUCCCUAAUUGAUUAAAAUAAUCAGCUUAUAUUUCUAAAAAUCUUCUAAUUGUGAAUGUUAAAAGAUUCUCAGACUCUACCUUAGAACAUUUGGUUAAGACCAUUUCCCAUUUUAAACAGUGAAGCUACUUAGAUCUAAAAUGUGAGAACUCUACUUAGAUCAGAAAUGGGAAGACUUCUACUCCACCCGUACUUAAGACUGCUUUAGGGGAGAAAACUCCUUGCUGAACAAUGAAAAAUACUUACACCCAUACUUAAGCCAUGCAUAUUUUUAGAAUUAAUACAAAGGGGUCCUAAGUACCUAUUAAAGGUCAGGCAACUUGUAAACUUGCCAGGACAAAAAGGUGAGAACCUUACUCAGAGAUUCUAACCUACUCAGGUGUGGAUUACUAAAGGGAUUAAUCUACUCAGCUGUGAAUUCAGAAUGGGCUGUCCUUUGGAAACCGUCUACUGUGAUUGGUAGAUGGAAGAACUUAGGGGAGGUGACAUAGGAGAAAACCCCCUAUAUAAGAAAAAGGACAGACUGUUGAAGGAGAAGCUCUUGAGAAGGAGUCUCUUGAGAGACAGGCUCUAAGGAGGUUGUUGAGAGAAGGACAAUCUCUAAGGAGGUCUCUCAAGGGAGGCUGACUGUGGCUGGAACUCCCUUUGGGGAAACUCUGUCCCCCUGAAUCCUCGCUUGAACAGAUCUUAUGGUGAGUGAUAACUCACUGACUGAUCUUUUAGGGCUUAGGCCUGUGUUGGCCAGGGCUGCCCGGACCGGCCUAUUCUUUCUCAUUUAUUUCCUUUUUCUCUCUCUCUCAUUCUUUGAUUCCUCAUUGUAUUAUUAAUUAAAUUCUCUAUAAAACCCAGUUGACUUGGGUAUAUUCAUAAUUGGGAAUAUUUCCCUGGCGACCACCAUAUAUUUGAUGUAAAACAAGACACUGUAGUGAAAACAUAUUUCCUGCGGUCACAAAUUACUCACCCACUCUUAUAUCUACUACAGUUUAUAUCUUCCACUAUUUUACUCACUACAGUUUGCAACAUCAAUCAUCUUUAAUUAUUACAGUAAUCAAUAUUGAGCCUUCUAAAAAGAAACUAAUAUAGAGAUAAGAGGAAAUAGAGAGUAAGACCAGUGUUUUCUAGGCUCUUUGACAAAAAGUCAAUGGGGUAAGUCCCCUUUGGUAUUAAAGUGUAUGUUAAGAAAUGUGUUCAGGGGACUUCUGGUCAAGAUUGCGGCUUAGAGGCAGCAAAAAUUCAGACCUCUGAAAACUUUUCCUUACCGAUCACAAAUUGAAUGCUCCUAGGGCACUGAAAUUCAAACUGAACAACAGGACAGACCCGGGGAACCCUCUUUCUGGACUCAGAUCAAAAGGUAUGCCCCCAAAAGCCAGAAUCCUAGAUCACUCGGAUCUAAGGGGAAGGCAGAAGGAAGUUCAUAGGACCCAUCCCCCCCCAACCCAGAGAGUUGCGCCUGUGGCUGCUGCGAGAACCUCAGGGCCAUCAAAAGGGCCUCAGGGCUGGCUAUUCUGAAGGGCACAUUUUGAAAGCAACCUGAGCCAGUCUCAGGGGCUCCUAACCCAUGGCAGGGUAACAGAGAUGGGGGGAUCCUGUAGCCCCCUGACUGGUCCUUUCAUCUGAGUCUCACAGGAGGUUCCUGCUUCAGGGCACAUUCAGUCCAACCCAGCUGAAUCUAAUCCCAUCAGGAGCCCUCAGAGCUUCUGAAAGGACAGAAACCUCAGGUCCGGCAAAGGAGUUGCUCCAAAAGGCGAAGGGCUUCUGCAGAGGAGGUUUUUUGCUUUGGGGCUCAUCCAGCCCAACCCAGCUGAACUUAAUCCAAUCAGGAGCCCUCAGAGGUCAGGGAUGCCAGGAACCCUCCCCCCUUAGAGUGCAGGGUCUUCUGAAAGAACAGAAAUCUCAGGGCCGGCAAAGGCACUGAGGUACCUUGCGGACAGUGCUGUGCCAGGCUCAGAGCACCAGUUUAAACCACCAGUUUAAAAGGUUAUGGCAAAAGAAGAAAGGUCAGAAUUAGGGGAGGAUAUCAAAAUGCUGGGCAAUUCACAAGUGACAAUCAUAACUUUGAACGUGAAUGGGAUGAACUCAUCCAUAAAACAGACGAAUAGCAGAAUGGAUUAGAAUCCAAAACCCUACCAUAUGUCGUCUUCAAGAAACACACAUGAGGUGGUAUAUACUCACAGGGUCAGAAUUAAAGGUUUGAGUAAGAUCUGUUGGGCCUCGACUGAUAGAAAGAAGACAGGAGUUGCAAUCAUGAUAUCUGACAACGCUAAAGCAAAAAUAGACCUGAUUAAAAGGGUUAGGGAAGGUAACUAUAUUUUGUUAAAAGGAACUUUAGAUAAUGAGAAAAUAUCACUAAUCAAAAUGUAUGCACCAAAUGGUAUAGCACCUAAAUUUCUAAUGAAGAAACUAGGAGAAUUGAAGGAAGAAAUAGACAGUAAAACCAUAUUAGUGGGAGAUUUGAACCAACCACUAUCAAAUUUACAUAAAUCAAAUCAAAAAAUGAAUAAGAAAGAGGUAAAAGAAGUGAAUGAAAUCUUAGAAAAAAAUUAGAGUUAAUAGACA